UGGUAAUAGGAACAAAAGAAGAUAGUAGCAACGAGUCGGGGUUAACCGGGGAGACUAGGAGCAGAGAUCAAGUCAACGCGGGUAAGCCAGGCGGUACGAAUGGCGGCCAAUACCUCAGCGGUGGUUCCACCUCCGAGCGUGCCCCCUCCUUCAGGGGCAGCUGGGAUAGUAGCAGCAAGAGGGGGGCAGUCAAUUCCCCCGUUGGGGAAUGCCCAGGAGGAGAGUGAUAGUGACAGAAUUAGAACACUGCUAGACAUGUGCUAUGACGAUGGUAUCUUUCCAGAGUCGACUAUAAACUUUGGAGAGACAGAGAUUGUCGAUGGGGUUGGGGUCCUGACGCUGAGCGAUGAGGUGGAUACCGCCACAGUGAACUGGCUGAAGGCCAGGACAGUGAUUGUAAUCUUCGACGAGCCGGCUAUUAACCUCAGUGUGGAGCAGCGGGAGAUACUAAUCGGGGUGUACGAGGAUGCAUGGUAUACAGAUCAGACGAUGAAUCCAACACAGAAGAGGGGGAGAACGCAUGGCGAAGGCCCCAACGUCACGUCAUACGUGGCCAGGUCGGAGAGAAUAGCGGAAUGGAUGAUUAUGAAGGGGGAGGAGCGGAUCCCAUCCAAGAACGGAACAAUCAAGGUUUUAUUUAAGCCUUGGAUGACCAAGACGGAGUUGGACGAGAUGAGAGAAUCAGACAGAGCAGGGAAGUUUCGGAUAAUUGUGUUGAGAGUCCCACUCGAAGGUCUCUCCUCACUUCGAUUUGCGGUGGAGCACUUCAUGGGGCGAAUCUUGGUCAUGCACCCUCCAGAGAAACGCCCCGAAGAGCCCAGAUUGGGCAAUAUUCAGAUAGACUGUGUUCCGGAAGUCCGCCAGUCAUUUAUGGAGUGGGUAGUGGUCAGGAAGCCGAGGGGGGGAUACCUAGAAGUACAAUUUGUGAACCAGGAUACGCCGUUUUGCAACAAGUGUCUGUGGUGGUUUCACGAUGAAUUUGAUACGGAGUGUCCGCGUUUCAAUGAACCCAUGCCAGAGGACCGGGUAGGAAGAGGUCGGGGUAGAGGUAGAGGGAGGGGGGGUAGAGGAGGAGGAGGUGGAGGAGGAGGAAGAGGAAGAGGUGCAAGAGUCCCUACAGCCGGUAGAACCCAGGCAGAAGGGGAAGGAGGAGGGAGAGGAGGGAGAGAAGGAGGAGGGAGAGGCGGGGCAAGGGGGGGACAAGGGAGCGGGUCAACCUGUAUCUUCGACCCCUGCUCUUACCGCCCCACUCCCGGUCCCGAGGUACCCCUGGCGCCUCCGCCGCCUCUGAUGACCUCGCAACUCACCGGAAUUGGAGUGGGACAGAUGGCUUCUCCACCCCCAGGGCUUUGGGCGACGGGAUUGGGACCACAAUUCACAGGAACACAUGAAAAUACGAGACUGGCGAUUCAACCGUUCCAUACGGCCCAACCGACGUCGUACAAGCACUGGGCAGGGAGAGCAUUAAACCCGUGGGAACAACUCCGAGGAGCAGACUCGGGAGUAGAUGGAAGAAGGACGGAUAUGCAGAGGAGGACUACGGGCGGGGGUCAAGGACCUGACCAGUCCUUUGUGACCGUACACAUCAACUCGGAGUUUGAUUAUGAAAAUAAAGGCGAGGAAGGGGAGGCAAGACAAGCAAGGGGUAUAACGGGAGAGAACUGCAUUCAAAACUGCGGUGGGGAGAGGAACAUGAAUGAAGCCAGCACGGUGGAAGUUCAGCAGCGUGACCAGAUCAUGAGAGAUCCAAGGAAUAGGACAUCCCUAUUCGCCCCAGUGAAGACUAGGAGAGUAGGAGAGCAGGGCACCAGUGAGCCGACAAAAGAAGCAGAGGAUGGGGAAGGGGAAGUGGACUACUUCAAUAUUCUCUCACCACCACUGCAGAAAUCGUCAGCUCAGCAGGAGGGGGCCAAGGGAGGAGGAGCGAAGCAGGCAGCCCAAGGGCAAGGUCACCACUACGUGGUGCUCCUCUGCGCGUCCCUAGCCCCACAGGGAAUCAAGAUCCUGGCUGGUAAGGCGCGUAGCGGUGAAUUCGCACUUCCAGCUGUCCAUGUGGACAGUUUCCCUGGAACAAAGGACGCCAUACGAGGAGCAGUAGUAAAGUUUGCAGCUGGUCGCUUUCCUUUCAGACUGAUUCCAGGCAUAAGGGUGGGCAGAAAAACAGUUGAUAUUGGCGAGGAAACGAGUUUGCAGAUUCACUUGGCAUUCGUUGACAUUAAGAUCACACAAGACUGUGCAAAUACUUUGGAGGCUCAGGGCAUCCACUGGCUACCUCCCCAAUGGUUUGAUGCAGACACAUCAGACGAGGCUGCAAAGAUCCAUCUCGUGGGCAGCGUGAAGGCACAACUGAUACCCGAAUUCUAAUUGGGGGAGGCGGUUAAGAACAUGGCAAAGGGAAAGUCUCCGGGAGAUGACGGCAUGCCGGUGGAGUUCUACGCGGCAACAUGGGACCAGAUAGGCCCUCUCCUACUGAGAUUGUAUAACAGGGUGCUGGAAGGGGGGUCUCUCACGGAGGAUAUGUGCAGAGGGGUUAUCACCCUGUUGUACAAAAAGGGUGAUAAGAGCAACAUCCGAAACUGGAGACCGAUCUCCCUCCUAAACGUCUCAUAUAAGAUUUUGGCGAAGGUACUAGCGAGGCGUCUUGCGCGGAUCCUACCGGGCCUGGUUGGAGCGGAUCAGGGAGCAUUCGUAAAAGGAAGGUCUAUUGCGGAGAAUAUCUUGGUCGCUAUGGGGGCGUUGGAAGUGGUUGGCAAGGAGAGGCGGCAAGUGAUAGUGGCAAUGCUGGACUUGGAAAAGGCCUACGACCGCGUGAAUUGGUCGUUUGUAUUGGCCACCCUCGAACACAUGGGAUUUGGGGAACUCUUCAGACGGUGGGUCACGGCCCUGUACUGCUCUUCAACGGCGACGGUUCUGGUAAACGGGAGAAGAUCACAGACCUUUGAUCUGUCAAGAUCGCUGAGACAGGGCUUCCCCCUUGCUCCGCUGCUUUUUGUGGUGCAGAUGGAGGUCCUCUUGAGCGCUAUCCGAGCAGCCCCCCGCAUGCGAGGGCUGCAACUGCAAGAGGGAGUGGAAGUGGCAGUGGGGGCAAUCGUUGACGACCUGCUCCUUAUGUCUGAAGCGACCCCGGACUCGAUGGAUGCAGCCAAGGAGAUUAUAGACCAAUACUCAGCACUCUCGGAGGCAAAAGUAAACUGGGAUAAGUCAGUGUCGCUUUCGAACAGUCGCCCAAACCAAGAUAGUAUCCUUUUAGGAAGGGUGGAAGCUCGACUGCAGAGGUGCCGCGAGGCCAAGGGAAUCUCAUUGAUGGGUAGAGCCACACUGAUUGCAGCAUCGGUCUUUUCGCUCCUGUGGUACGUGGCAGCGGUAGUUCUGAUCUCCAGGGCCAUGCUAGUGAGGAUAAGAUCAGAGGCCGCCCGCUACCUGUGGAAGCCCGAUGUAGAAGAGCAGAGUCGGUUCAUUUAUAAGGUGGCCUGGAGUAAGCGGCGUCCCAAAUCGGUGGUGGGCUUGGCGUGGUGGAUCGCCUGGAAGAAGCUGAGACCUACUCAGUCCAAGGUACCGGGCAUCAGAGAGGAGGUACUCAUUCAACCUCUCUUUGAGAACGAGGCUAUCAAACGGCUGGACGGGACGUCAUUCUCGGCGAAGGCCAAAGCAGGGUGCUUUGGGAGACAGUGGAUAGAGAAGGGGGUGUCACAGGUACGGGACCUAUGGGACGAGGAUAAGUUGGAAUGGAAGGAGGAAAGGGAGGUCAAGAGGAAACUAGGAAGAGCACAGAGAGUGGAGGAAAGAGUGAGACAACUGAGGGAAGCAAUUCCGACAGAAUGGUCAGAAUUAUUGAAGAGGAAGGAGAUGAGGAAAGAAGGGCAGUGGUAUAAAAGUGAUCAGCUGGGGGAGUAUAUCAGAGUGGAGGAGCAAUUAGAUGACGAUGACUGGAGGGCAACGCAGUGGAGACUCAAACCCACCAUCUCUCAGGAGAACCGACGGGAGCGCCUACAGGAGAUAGUGGUUGGCCCAGGGAUUCCUCUUACAACAAUAAGAAUGGACUGUUUGCUCCGGAGUGUCUUUGCUUUGAUGGAGUUGGAGCUGGGAGCGUUCAGCUGGAGUACGUUAUAUGGCGCUGUAUUGUCUUGCUUUCUCCAGUUGGUGGCUUGAUGGUAUAAAUUUCGGGGGAGUGGUAGCUGUUGCUCAGUGGGCCCAGGACAACUGCCUUGGCAUUGUUCAGGGCUCC